ACGUUGCAACGCUGUGCCAAGCUAUUGUGCUCUGCACACCAGCGAACACUGUUGUCAGUUCGCUUGGUCUUAUCUUGCACCGAACCUCGACUUUUCCUCUUCGCCUAUUGAUCAGCCCACUGUCCAUACUGCUGUUACCGGACGUCCCUCGUCCUCAAAAGCUCGUCUCUAGCAGGCAGCAAAUAAGCGAAUAUUUGCGCAGUGUUGGCGGACCAUUCCGCAAGAGUAACCCGCUUAUUGUUAGAGAACUCCUCAUGCAAUGAACCAACGACCAGAAGACGUGACAGAAUUUAACGUGGCUUACGCGGGCGUGAUUUCGGACGUGAGCUUCGUGUCGAUCGACCCAAGUGGACGAAGCGACCUGCUGAAGAUCAUCGACCAGGCACAGAGUAGCGGAUCGAUCGCUCUGCUGCAGUGCCUCGAGCCGGACUCACACCGGAUCAGCAUCGCUCGCCACCACGUCCGCGUGUGGACAAUCGCAACCCAGCGUGUCGAGCUACGUGUCCCCCUGCACAUAAUCGCCUCUGUCGGCUAUAUUCAGGAUGAUGGGAUCCAUAUCAUUUGCAUCAAUAUCGGACCGGACCCGCGGAACAGACAGAUACGCGACCUUGUCAUUCUCGUCGCUGCUAACAAGGCAGUGUCAGAAGAAGUAUGCAGCGUGCUGAGCAGUCGAUUCCAAGCCGUAUACAGAGAAGCUGUUGUUGGUUUGACAGAUGCGAAGACCUUCAAAGGUUCCUUCCCUCAGUCGGCCUCGAACUCUCAUGGAAGAGGUCGAGGAUCGGUGCCACUUGAUAGUGCAGAGACGAAAACUUCACUUUACACUACCAGCGAUUCGAACAACGAUGCAGUCAGCGAGUACUUGGCCUUGGCAUCAGCAAGUCUGAAUGAACUAGAGUUUCGCGAGUACGCUGAGCUACUACAUCGUUCCAAGUAUGGCGAAUUGCCGUUGAGGGAGUUGGCGCAUAAACUUAUGGAGCUGUUUGGACCAAGAAGAAAGCAUCUAUUGACGAGACUGCAUUUGCUGAUUCGAGACGAGGAUCAAGCAGAGUUUCGCGAAUUUUUGGAACUACACAAUAUCACAGAUUCGGAAGAAGGAACUCAUCAAUAUUCCUUAUGAACUCCUAGUGCCUUAAAUAAACUCAUUU